UGCAUUGUUGUUCUGAUGACAGCCUCUAAUUAAAAAUUAAAACAAUUCGGACUGUUUAUAAAGAUGCUUACUGGGCCAUCGGUAGAAUGAAUCUUUGGAUCUCGGAAAAUAUAAUUAUGCAUGAAAGUAAAAGAGAAAUUGAAUGUCCAUACUUCUUUAAGCGAAAUGCAACAGGAAAACGCUGAUAGCCAAGCCCUGGUUGAUUUCUGUUAGUUAAAAUAUGCUCCGAAUAAUUGUGUAUAUAUUCGUGUACAAUAAUAUGGAAAACAGAUAUGAAUACUCGGUGACUGAAAACAAAGGCAAGAACUGAACCCCCCCGGCGACCGCUUUAAGAAGUCAGUACAAAACAGCCGCAAACCUCCGCGACAGUACGCGUAUAUAUUUGCUGAAUAAAAAUCAGACGAUCUCUUGAAACUGCACUUCUGACGCUUUAGUCAACGUAAUAUGAUUUGAGGGUGUAUGCUGUAUUUUUGAUUUGCAAAUUAUAUAACGCAAUUAAUAUUUCAUUUAUAGGGGGUGCUGCGGAAAUAUGUUUUAAAAAUCUAAUGCAACUUGUAUGACAAGCAUUUUCAGACUGUUGGGGCAAAAUAUAGCCAUCUUGCCAGGCGAUCCGCGCAAUCGGUGAUUGAUUAGUAUUGCCUGCCGAGGAGAAAAAUGGCUGCUUGUGCUUGAUUUUUUAAAUUUCUUAUCGUCACAUUUUGGCAAUACGUUUAUCAUCACCAUAAGAGCUGUUAAACAUUUCCAGUCGGAGUACUUAAUUGGAGUGCGAAAUGGCUGGGGACGGCUAACUGGGUGUCGGUGAUAUUGGCGUCCACGAAGGGAGUAGCGGGUAUGCCUUGUGAAUGCCUGCCCUGGCCCGUUUCAGGAGCGGAUAAGUGUCUGCACCACUGCAGGUAACAGCACCACCAAAAACGUUUUCAGUGUAACAGACGCGUCGGAUUUCCCGUCGAUCGCCCGAAUCUACCCGCUGUGCGUUGAGGCACCGCUUCCCACCCUGCGCUUUGCCGCUGGACGGAGCGCCGUGCCCUGAACUCGGUGUCCAUCGAGAUCGCAGCCCGCAGAGCCACUUAACAAAAGAUAAAUAUGGGCUGCGAUGACACACACGGCUUCGCUGUUCUUUCUGCUUUUGAUUCUCCCCGACAGCUAGCGCCGAAUGGCGAAAUGUGACUCAUCGCCCGACUAUUCAUCCGUAGCAAAGUCGCUCGUCGUGUCGAAACUUAUUAUUUUACAGCCGAAUUUGCUUCUCAGCAGCGCUCUUAAUAAAUGGAGUGACCACGUUUGUACCCCACGUUUGGCGCCUACUCGCCGUUUUAUAGUUAUUUAUUUGGUAUUGUUUGUUGGAGCCCAGGUCGCCCCAGCCGUGCGCAUUGUCUCCGCCGGGCUGCUGGGUGUGUAUGGCGAUGCGUCGCCGCUGAUCUCCUCCUCCUCUCCCGGACGCGGCUCUGCGAUGGAUGGCCGCCUCUCGUUUCGCUUGUAAUCAUUUUAACGUUUGGUAACCGAGGCGGUGUGUAUCCGCAGUACACGACCGAAGCACUAAACAGCGCUAUCUUAAUCUACGGUGCCCUGCUCUGCGCCGGACUCCGUCUGCUUGCUAGUUCUCCCCAUGCUGGCUAUACUAUGUAGACGGCAGUGCUUCCCUUUUCGAUUUUGCAAAUGAAAAUGGAGGAUAUGUCGCUGUCAGGCCUGGACAACACCAAGCUGGAGGCCUUAGCUCACGACAUCUACGCAGACCUGGUGGAAGAUGCCUGCCUGGGCCUGUGUUUUGAGGUGCAUCGAGCCGUCAAACAGGGUUAUUUUUUCCUGGAUGAGACGGACCAAGACAGCAUGAAGGACUUCGAAAUCGUGGACCAGCCGGGCGUGGAUAUCUUCGGCCAGGUGUACAACCAGUGGAAGAACAAGGAGUGUGUGUGUCCCAACUGCAACCGCAGCAUCGCCGCCUCGCGAUUCGCCCCCCACCUGGAAAAGUGCCUGGGGAUGGGGCGCAACAGCAGCCGCAUCGCCAACCGCAGAAUAGCCAGCAGCAACAACAUGAGCAAAUCAGAGAGCGACCAGGAAGACAAUGAUGACAUCAAUGAUAAUGACUGGUCAUAUGGGUCGGAAAAGAAAGCCAAGAAGAGAAAGUCAGAUAAGAACCCCAACUCUCCAAGAAGAUCUAAAUCAUUAAAACAUAAAAACGGGGAGCUUAACAAUAGUGUCAGCACUGACCCGUACAAGUACGCCUAUAACUCCGGCAUCAGUUACGAAACCCUUGGCCCGGAAGAACUGAGGUCUUUACUGACCACGCAAUGCGGGGUGAUGUCGGAGCACACAAAGAAGAUGUGCACACGGUCUCUGCGGUGUCCCCAGCACACGGACGAACAGAGGAGGACCGUCCGGGUGUUCCUCCUGGGGCCGGCUGCGUCGUCGUUGCCUGAUGUGGAUGGGGUGGUGGAAAGUGAUGGUUAUGAUGUCCCUGACGGACAGGCUCUGAUGAGCCGGCUACAGUGGGAUGGAUCUUCUGACAUCUCUCCUUCGGACUCUGCCUCCUCGAAAGCGAGCACCAAUAACUCUGAUUCCAAGAAGCCCAAAAAGAAGAAGAAGGCGUCCCUUGGUCUGAACAGCGGUACGUGUGGGGGACCUGGGAGUGGCAGCGGCGCUGUGGUUGGGGCCGGGACCACGGGCAGCGGCGGUGGCGGAAGUUCACAAGGGGGCCUCGGCCUCCCCAGUCGCAAGAAGAAGCCCAAGCUGCCCGCACCCCCCACACCCAGCAUCUACGACGACAUGAACUAGCACCAUCGCAUUCCUCCCCAUCCCAGUGCUCAUGGAGGAGACGGAAAUCGUGGCAGCCGCUCGGUGACGAGCCCCCGUGGGCUGAACGGGGCCUCGCUCCUUAUAGUGCCCCCCCCCCCACCCCACCCCGGCGUUAAUUAGCCCACAUGAACCUGCAGCCUAACUUCUGGAAAGGGUUCUCCAUCUCAAGUUUCCACUUGUGGUCACCCUAAGGGUGUGUGUGUAUGUCUAUAAGAUCUAGAGUCACCUGGAUCACAGCUGCUAUGGUAAUUCAAGGACUCCUGACUUCUGAAGGAGAAUGUUAUUUUGGGUUCCAUUAUAAUUAUUAUAAUUUUAUUAUUUUCUGAAAUGGUGAGGUGGUGAGCUUGUUUGUUUUAGAUGUUUCACUGAAUUUUCAAACCCCAGCAGUGGGCAGAUUUCUACAAUGACACAAUCAGGGCUCAUUGCACGUGGUGUACUUACGAUCAGUCUCAUGUCCUUUGGUUAAACAAGGUAAGUGUAAUCAAUAUAACUGAAUCAUAGACGAGCAAACAGUUCUGGUUUGAUUUUGUUACUGUAGGCAAGGGACCAAUCGACCAUUUUUUUUUUUCUGGUGUCAGAGGUGAUGUCAUUCAGAUCAUGUUGAUGAGAAAGGAACUGCAUAGCCACCAGGGCGGUGCUGUUCUCACCUGCUCGAGCCCCUGGAUCGUGGCUUUAGAACAUCGUGGGGUCCUUAAAUGAAAGGGGGUGGCUACAAAGGGGAGCAUGCCACAUUCCAGAUUGGUCUGUUGCACCCCCACCCCCAGAACUGACAAAGGCAUCUUUGCCGCGAUGUUGCGAGCAGCUAAGUGGGUUCUUUUGCGUGGCCAGUUUCUUUGUCGAUUGGCAUUGGACCUCAUGGGUGUGUGGAUUUGUGGCGCUAUCAUGCUCUUUUGGGAUGCCGUUGUGGGUGUUUUUGUGUGUCCUGUGAGCGUAUGAGCAUUACGUGUCUGUUUAUGGUGAACACACAGAUGCACCCGAGGUCGGUGUCGUACAUCUUGCAUUUGUGUGUUUGUUUAGGAAGUUUUCAGAUCCGUGCCAGUGUUGGGGAAGUCCAGUGCGGGUCGGCCUAUCGAGGUUCACCCAUGUCACACGAGUGGAGAUCGAAGCCUGUGAGGCUCCUCACUUCCGGCCGGCCUUACGUGGCCCCCACAGCGGGGCAGUAACCAGGGCCAGCGUGUGUUAGUACCACAGUCAGAAGCUCUCGGGUAUGUGUAUCGCUGGAAUUUUAACUGCUGUAUACCUCAAGUGUUCGGGAACCGUGGAUGUGAUUUGACAUGGCAUGAAAUGCACAAGACGACAUUCUGCCCUCUUUGUUUUAGAUUUUGUGGUGCUGAUGAUUCUUUUUUGUUUUUUUUUUUUCUUCAAAAAAAGCCUUUUCUGUUGAUUUCAUACUCCGUAUUUCUGGACUGGUUUUGGUUGCAACUAUGAUGAACUCUGAAGUUUAAACUCAAGGAAAAGUUUCAAAAUCCACAUAAUUAUUUAACGGUGUGUGGUUCGUGACGACGGCGGGUGGGACGAAUGUUCGACCUGCAUUUCGUUCCGAUUUCACAGAUUUCGAGGUCAAAAGGCUGAUUGCUGGAAUUCCCAGGCAUAAAAGCAUCCCUUUAAAAAGCGAGUGAGAUCGCUACUGAUUGGUGGCAGAAAUUAUGUUUCAUUGUAAGGAUCAGGGUGGGGAUGUGGGGGGUGCGUGACAUGCCACACUUGGCCUUGCGGGGGCGACACCGUUUUCACGCCUUGGUCUCAGUCAGUUGCAAUAUUGGCAAAUGAGACAACAACUUUGCAAAUCAGCUGAAUGAGGAAAAAAAUCACACAGGCAUGUGCAUGUGUUGUAUAUGUAUAUAUAUAUAUUUCACAAUGUACAGCUAGUUAUUGUCAUUUUUUCAACUUAUCGUGUACUGUGGUUGCCUAAUAGUCUGAAUAAAACUGUCAUUCAGGUUU